AGUAUCCCAGCUGCCACAACAAUGGCUCGGCUAGCAUCGCUGCUAAUAAGUGCUAGCAUAAAAACAAACGUCGACCUGACGUUACGUAGACAUGUGAGUGCACUGUCGCUUUCACGGCACAUAUAUGAUCAUAAAUAGCUUCUUGAUAACAACUUUAUAAGCAAACUAACUGCUUCAGUGACUGAUUGACAGUGAAAGCGUCGUCCAGACAACAGGUUGUCUAUUACCGGUAGCUAGCUUUGUUCGCUCGAUGUUCACAUAUACGGUAUAGCUAAAUUAUUUUGUUGAUUUUGUGGCUCUUACCCUUGUUAUUAUCUUAUCAUUUAAAAUAAAACGUAUCCAAGCUUAUCUUCAGCGGCAAGCUAUGUUUUCUGUGUAGUCAACGAAUGUGCGUGGACUGUUAGCAAGAUGUCAGCCUGCAUUGGUGUGGCGUUCAGGGUCGCUUACACACAAGCUUCAGGUGCAACAAUGAAGCGAGGGUUAGGAUGAUAUUUGAACAACUUACACCUCUAAAUGUAAGACUUAUAUCUGUAGUUUUGUGAUUUUCUUUUCCAGUUGUGUAAUUCGGUCAAUCAAAAACGUUGAAUGUGAUGACAGUCAAGUUUACGGGAUGUUUAUAAACACCGCACACGCUCCUUUUAACGGGGAGGUUUGUGCUUGGCUUGCAGCGCCAUCUAGUGUCCAGACCUGUUUUUUCAUGAUUUUAAUUGCAAUAGCUGGACGCAGUUAAUUGUGCUAAUUCCCAAAACAACCACAAGAUGCUGCCAUACACUGUCUAUAACAAAUAAGACCACUAUUUGGCCUUUAAUUUGGUCUUCAAUACAAAAUGUAUUGAAAAUAAAGACCUUAUACACACAUAGCAUGGUACCAGAACUUUACAAGACUUCCACAAGAUCUUUUGACCUUCUCACGUCACAACGUUAGGAAGUCCAUGUGUACCAACUUUCCGCUUCUGCAGCAGUAAACCGCUCAUUCCAUUUAGUGCUUUUUCUUGAAAACCCCCCACCCACUGAGAUGUGCAGGGUUUAGCCCCUUUAAGUGGUUGAGUGGUUCUAUAUUAUUUGUGUGUGUGUGUGUGCCCUGGUUGUUGUUGUUGUUGUUUUCCUCAUUUAUCACAACACCAGUAUACUCACCUGACUGCCCCCGAUGCACCUCUAACUGCGGGGCCUCCGGACGUAAAUACACUGUGGUGUAAUUAGGGUGCCUGUCAGUCCCCUGAUUGAAACUUCUUGCUUGACCAGUGAAGAAAGAUCGCCUCAUGCUGUGUACAGGGCUUUCAGCCUCAUCUCACGGACUACGGAUGCGCAAACUGCAGCGCUCCUUAACAGGACCUGUAAAGCGGUGCUGAUCCCCCCCCCCCCGCAAGCUAAGGAGAGUACAUAUUUGGAUUACAAGAAGUAACAAGACUCCAGGAUGGGAUCCAACCCAAAACGGACAGUGACAGUCCAGAUGGUACCUCAGGUGCCUGUGGUGGACCCUCUCACUAAUAAGGAGUCCAACGCCAACUGGGUGAAGGAACCCGACUUGAAACUCUCCCAGGUUUGUCAGAAACCCGGACGCAUGACACCGGAACACAAUCAGGAUCAGAUCCCCAAAACGGGAACCAAAGCCACGCCAGUCCAACCGACAGAUGGGACCCUUAAGGUGACUGCGGACUUGUCGGGUCAAGGUUUGGCUGAGGUGGGAGACCAGAUGAGGGAUGCUAAUGCUAAUAUUAGCAGUCUAUUAAGCCUUGCUGAUGAAAAAGUCGCAUCUAAGAGCUCUGUUUCUCCUUUAACUAACAUCGGGAAGACGUUCCCUGAGGACAAGGCGGCGGUCGCAACCUCGCCGCGGAUUAUCUCGACAAAUCACGGCGAGUCAAGGCACCUCACACUUGAAGGUGCCUCCGAGUGUAUUCAUGCGUCCGAGAGUCCAAAGGAGACCAAUCACAAGCGAAGACGCUCCGUUUCUCAAGAGUUCCCCCAACUGAACUCGAAUUCGCCUUCAACUCAGGAGGCACCCGUAGAAAAACAUCAGCUAGCACCCGUGCAGAUGGACCCCUCGAAGAAUGUUGACAUGACUGUCGCACAACUCCAGGUGGAACCUCUCAGGAAGCUCUACAAGGAGGCCUCGACUAUGACCUCCUCGCUGUCAUCAACGCCAGUCAAGCAGGGCAAAGACGUAGAAGUCCAGGCGGUCGCUAGCACCAUUAGCAAGUCCGUUUCCACCAGCCCGAGCCUGCUCCCCUUCAGACCCAACUCCGGCGCCCAUGACGAGGUGCAGAGCCUCGCUGUCAUCUACAAAACCGACGGGAGUUUAGGAUUCCAUCAGAUGGGGCUCCCGCAGAUGAAUACACUUCUACCUUCUGCAGAUCCGAGAUCAGAGCGCCUGACCGUUGAGGCGGAGAUGUGCCCCACUAGGAACGACGUAAAUCUUGGCGCAAAACCGAAAGAAACCACCUCAUCUCAACUCCAACCGGUUUAUCAAAUCAACAUCGAGCACGGCAACCGGAAGGAGAUGGAGACAAAAAACGAAACAAAAACUGUUGCGUCAGGACCGUCUGACGUUCCAGCCCAGACUGACCAGACCCAAAGGUCUACACCAGCUGAUACAUCAUCCAAGUCCACAGUAACAAAAACUAUGAGUCCUCAAGAAAACCCGAAAGGUAAAGACUUUGCAAAGGAGUCCGAAGUGGAGAAAAGUGACGAAGAAGACGAUGAUCAGAAGCAGAAGGGAAAAAGCGUCCACGACGUCGUUUGGGACGAGCAGGGAAUGACAUGGGAAGUCUACGGCGCGUCUGUGGAUCCGGAGUCGCUCGGUUUUGCCAUCCAGAGUCACUUACAGUGCAAAAUCAAGGAGCAGGAAAGGAAACUGAUCGCUCAAACCUCCUUUCGCAAGUCCAUCACCGGCCUGGAUUCGCCUCGCGGCGGCAAGAAGACCAAACAGCGGCAACACAACCUGUUCAGGUCUAUGCUGCAGAACGUGCGGCGUCCCAACUGCUGCAUGCGCCCCCCUCCUUCCUCCGUUCAUGAUUAGAGGUUGAGCCAAUGUCAGACUCCUCGUCUCCCCCCCCCCCCCCCCCCCCCCCAGCCCCCUUUUUCUCCGUCCCACACUUAGAGGUCAAAGUAUUUGUUCUCCGCUGGUCACCGCAGCAACGCCACGUUGACGCCGUACACAGAACGGCGUUCCUGUGAGUAUCUUGGAAUGUUUGUAGACUAGAAUUGUGACAUUUGUGAUCAAAGGAGAUCCAUGGCGAUGAAGUAAAAGGUAUCAAAUGAACAACUACUUUUAUAGAAAUGGGUAUUUAAAAAAAAAGAGUUUUUAAAUAACAAAUGCAAUAAUAAUAAUAAUAAUAUAGAGAAGCAUGUAUAUUAGUCGCAACGUACGAAAGGAACUUUGCAGUAAAAAGAUAGCGGUUACAGGCGGGUUAUGAUUUGCUGUCAAACUACGUGUGAAAAUACGUGAAAGCAACGUCAAAUUGGAUGUUUUAAUGCGUUCGGGGGGGUAGUGUAUUUAUUGUAUUUAUAAGAGCCCCGCCCCUUUGUUUCUAGUUAGUACAGUCAAGCAAAAAACAAAAAAAAAGACUGUAUGAAUACACUUACUGUUACUCUUUGGUUUUCUAUUAAAAGAUGAAAAAAAACACCAGUUGCGUUUUACACGGUUUUUAUUUGUAUUAUGUAUGUAUUUAUUUAUAUAAGCUAUGUAAGCUGUGCUGGUAUUUUUCAGACAAAUACACCACAUGGUGGCGCUGUUACUUAACCCCAA